AUUUAUGAUUCAUCGGAGAGGAAAGUUAUCUAGAUUAGAAAAGUACUGACAAUCAUAUAAAAAAAUUUUGAAAUGCAUACUACAUGCUGUCCACCACUGGUUGCAUCCUGGAGAAAUAGACAAUUUAUAUAUUUGCAAACUUCUCAGCUAAACUUUGUACCCCCUGUAUGCCUUUUUUUCUCCACGGACAUUUUGAAAUGUCACAGAAGAAAAUGCACAGGUGUCACCGAUAACAUUAACAAUAGCUCUAUAACAUGCAAGGGUCAGAGUACUGUAAGUGUGACAGUGAGCCAGCACCAGGCCAGCCCAGACAAUACAAGGACCCCUGAAACUGAGGUAGCUGACCGGGAUUCAGACAGUUUUAGUUUCAUUAUUUACACCCGUUUUUUACUACUGUGACAUGUGAAAAUGUCUUGUCUAAAAGGCUCAUUCCUUAUCAUAGAGUAAUAUUACCUCUGCCAAGGAAGUCAUGUUUUUACCCCUUUCCAUUUGUCUGUUUGUCAGCAGGAUUAAGCAAAAACUUCUCAACGGAUUUCUAUGAAAUUUAGUGUAAGGAAGCGAUAAAAAAAUGUUGGCAUGGAUCCAGGAUUCUCUUUUUUCACUUUAUUUAACAUUGCGACAUGUGGCUUUUUUUUACAUUUUCGCUGAUUUCCCAGGGAAUAAUGUAUGGAUCAUUUUGAGGAAUCUGAGGGAUUCAAGUUCUCAGUCGGCAAACAAGGUGCCUCAGUGUUUACUAACCCCGUCCAGGGGUUAUGCUCUUUAACCAAUAUCAUUAGCUGUUCUUAUCUGAUAAAAUAGCGGUAUAAAGGUGGUGUGAGUGAAGCUUGGAGAGUGACUGUGAGUUGUGCAUCAUCAUGAACAGGUCUACAAGUUUGAAGGUGCGCCUGCCGGUGCUCGUGCUGGUGUUGGAGGUCGUCAUCAUGGUUUUCUAUGCUAUCUUUGUCACCUAUGAUGACAAUGCCAAUGCUAAGCUGCAGAACAAUGAGACCAACCCAAUGGAGAAUUCCCUGUAUCGCGACUAUCCCUUCUUUGCCGACGUGCAGGUGAUGAUCUUCAUAGGCUUUGGUUGCCUGCUUGCCUUUUUCCGAUUCUAUGGCUUCAGUGGAAUGGUCUUCAACUUUCUUACAGCUACAUUUUCAAUCCAGUGGGCGAUCCUGAUUCAAGGUUUCUUCCAGUUUUUCUAUGACGGUAAAAUUCACCUUGGGGUGAUCAACCUGCUGAAUGCAGAGUUUGCCUGUGCCGUGGUGCUCAUCUCUUUCGGAGCUGUGCUUGGAAAGACCAGUCCUGUUCAGCUCCUGGUUAUGGCAUUGCUGGAGAUCCCUGUUUUUGCUGUGACAGAGUGGGCUGUAUUGAAAUACAUUAGAAUCAAUGAUGCAGGGGGCAGUAUUCUUAUUCACCUUUUUGCCUGCUACUUUGGUCUAGGAGUGACAUUUGUUCUGUACCGCCCAGGCCUGAAUGAUGGACAUGCUAAAGAGACAACCAGUUAUCAAUCUGACAUCCUAUCUGUAAUGGGAACCCUGUUUCUUUGGGUGUUCUGGCCUUCAUUCAACUCUGCUCUGACUUUAAAGGGUGACGAUCAACACAGAGCAAUACUCCAUACUUUUAUAGGACUAAGCUCAUCUACGAUGACUGCUUUUGCACUCUCUGCAGUGUUUAACAGGCGAGGCAAGCUCACAAUGGCUGACAUCCAGAAUGUCACUUUAGCAGGUGGUGUGACUGUUGGGGCUUCUGUGGACAUGAUGAUUUCUCCUGUAGCUGCAUAUGGCCUGGGCAUCAUGGGCUGUACUGCCUGUUUCUUUGGAUACAAGUACCUGACUCCCUUUAUAGCCCGACACUUGAGGAUCCAAGACCAGUGUGGUAUUCACAAUCUCCAUGGGCUCACUGGCCUGAUAUCAUCCACAGCAGGAAUCUGUGCUAUCCUCUUAGCCAAUGAGGAAACCUACGGACCCAGCAUGUACCAGAUAUUUUCCCAUCGCGCGCCACCCCUGGGAGAUCCAAAACUGCUGGAGCUACAGAAGUUGAUUCCUGGAUUGAAGCCUGGCUUGGGCCGUACUGCGCAGGAACAAGCUCUCUACCAGGUUGCAGCUAUCUUCUCUACCAUUGCAGCAUCUACAGUUGGUGGGCUGCUCACUGGUUUAGUCAUAAAGUUGCCCUUCAUGGCAUCCCCAACUGACGAGGACUGCUUUGAUGAUGGGCUUUUCUUUGACAUGCCGUCAGACUUUGAGAGCGUAGCCAUCAAGACCACAAAAAGCUGCGAUGAAAAAGGAGAAAUGAACAGCAACGUCUGAGGUGUAGUCCUGUGAAUCAUUUUACAGAAUGUAGACAUUUUUCCACAGUUGUCUGCAGGUGUUGCUUAUCAUUAUUAUUACAUAAAUAUAUAUUUGGAAUCCUUCACAAAAAGCUGUUUACGUUUUUUUUAUUAUGUAAAUGGAAAUUGCCUAGAAAAACAUGUAAAAUAGGACGGUCAGUUAAUAAAGAAGAUAUAUUGUGAUGCACUAUCUUGUUAUUAACUUCAUGUGAAAUAAAUCAUCUUUUAAAAAUGCA